AUAAUUAACUUGCUGUUUAUCUCAUACAUUUUUCAUUUCAAUAAUCUUCUUAGUUAAGAUGGCAUUUAACUUGUCUAUGUUUAUAAUUAUGUUUUCAUUAAUUGGAAUUUGUUCAGCCGAUUUAUCUUCGGACUACUAUGAAAAAUCAUGUCCAAAAGCUAUGUAUACAAUUAAAAACGCUGUGGCGAAUGCUGUUACGAACGAGCGACGCAUGGGGGCCUCGUUGCUUCGUCUUCAUUUCCAUGAUUGCUUCGUUAAUGGAUGUGAUGCAUCUGUAUUAUUGGAUGAUACGACUGAUUUUACUGGAGAGAAAUCAGCAAAACCAAAUUCAAAUUCAAUAAGAGGUUUUGAUGUGAUUGACAAAAUCAAAUCUCAAAUAGAAAAAUUAUGUCCUGGAAUUGUUUCUUGUGCUGAUAUUAUAGCUGUUGCUGCACGAGAUUCUGUUGUGCUCUUAGGUGGGCCUUCAUGGACAGUGGAAUUAGGAAGAAGAGAUUCAACAACAGCAAGUUUGGAUACAGCAAAUAGUGAUAUACCUUCCCCUUCAUUGGAUCUUAAUGACCUUAUUACUAAUUUUGCCAAUAAAGGCUUCACUGCUAAAGAAAUGGUUGCUCUUUCAGGUGGUCAUACAAUAGGCAAAGCACAAUGUACAACAUUCCGAGCACGUGUAUACAACGAAACAAACAUCGAUUCAUCUUUAGCUACAUCGUUGAAAUCCAACUGUCCUAGUACUGGUGGAGAUGAUACCCUUUCAUCACUUGAUGCAACGACCCCUGUAUUAUUCGAUAAUCAUUUCUACAAAAACUUGGUUAACAAUAAAGGAAUACUUCAUUCUGAUCAACAAUUAUAUAGUGGCGGUUCUACAGACUCUCAAGUGAAAAGUUAUAGUACUAAUCCUAUAGCGUUCGAUGCGGAUUUUGCAAAAGCUAUGGUUAAAUUGGGGAAUUUAAGCCCACUUACUGGAACUAAUGGCCAGAUUCGUACUAAUUGCAGGAAAAUCAAUUAAUUAAGUAAUUUAGCUUGAACCUAUAAAUUUUUAUAGUAUGUUUGAUUAUGUGUGAGUUAAUUUUAAGUUUGUAUUGCGAAAAAAAAAAUCUCAACUUUUAAUUUAUAAUGUGUUUGU